UCUCAACUAAGAAGCGACCCGCAGAUCUCAAUGGCUCUUAAGCUUUUCAUUCCUCCCUGUAUCCACAACCCGCGUCACUGUUUCCAUCCCCUACCACCUACCAGACCACUAAGAAUUCAGAUACAAGGGCCGUUGAAGUCGAUCCAGAAGCUUCUUCCGAAGAUAUUAUGGCAUAAGAUUAUGCCUUUUCCGCAGGCGGGAGGGUUAGAGCUUGCGAGCCUUACAUAUCGGGCAUUAUAUGGCGAGGAGGGACUUAAGGAGGCUAACGGUAUUCCGGUUGUGCGAGAUGAGUAUUUGGUAUGGGUAAUGGAUGGAAGAACACCAUUAGACUAUAUUGACUACUACGGAGUUACAUUCGAUUACCUUGUUCCUGCUAAUGAUCCAAACCCAGAAGUGCUAGCAAUUAGUAUUAUUGAAGUGGAUAACGACGGAGGAGCAUUUGCUAACGAAGUCCUCUUAUUUCAAAUAGACCCGACAGAAUAUACAGGGAAGAAGGUCCUCGUAGUGCCGAGAUGUUAUCAGGUCAAGAAAGGCACGCAGGAUCGUCAGAGGUGGAACGAUUUGGUAGCUAAGAGGGAUAGAGAGAUUUAGAGAUGUUUAUAAAAGUAUUAAUACUAUUUGCAAUACUUCUCAAGGCGCUCUUGCGAACCGGGUAUUAAAGACUUUGAGCGAAAUAUAACUCCACCUUCUAUUGCGCCGAGAAUGCUACGAACAUUAAUUAUAUCCGAUUUCCUGCCUCCCGAAAACCAAAUCCGAACUAAAGGAAAUGAGAAACGAUUC